GGAUAGAUUUGUAUUUAAUCUCAUUAUUUAUCUUAAUUAAGGACAUUUCAUAACAUGAAUCGUUACCGGAAAUUAUUUAAAGUUUCAUCUUUUCGAAGAUGUUACUCCAGUGGUGGAGGAAAGGAUCGAAACAAUGUCGAAAACAUUCGUAACAUCGGCAUCUUAGCCCACAUAGACGCAGGUAAAACGACGACUACGGAGAGGAUGCUCUUCUACUCCGGCACCAUCAGGUCCAUGGGGGAGGUGCAUCAUGGCAACACGGUCACUGAUUACAUGGAACAGGAGAGGCAGCGGGGAAUCACUAUCACAUCUGCCGCUGUAUCAUUCCCAUGGCAAGACAGUCAGAUCAACCUGAUAGACACGCCGGGACACAUAGACUUCACCAUGGAGGUGGAACAGAGCCUCGCUGUGCUGGACGGAGCUGUUAUUGUGCUUGAUGCUUCUGCUGGUGUGGAAGCCCAAACCCUCACCGUAUGGCGUCAGGCAGCCGGAUACCGCGUGCCUCGCAUCCUGUACCUGAACAAGAUGGACCGCGGCGACGCGAGCGCGGCCGCCUGCGCGAGCUCUGUGGCCGACAAGCUGCACGCGCAGCCGCUGCUGCUGCACACCGAUGUUAGGCAUGAGGGUCGGCUUAUUGGCUUAAUAGACCUAAUAACACUAGAAGAAGUGAUCUGGACACAAGGGCGCGGUCACAACAUACUCCGGCGCAAGCUGACGGAGGCGGCUGACGGCCGCAAGUGGGAGGCAGCCGUGGCUGAACACAAGGAGCUGGUGGACACGCUGUCCGGCCUGGACGAUAUACUGGCUGACAGCAUCAUACAGCAGGAAACCCUAGACAUGAGCGCCAAAGACCUUCAAGACGCCAUCCGACGAUGUACCCUCGCCAUGAAAGGCUUCCCCAUCCUCUGCGGUAGUUCCUACAAGAACAUCGGCGUCCAGACCCUGAUGGACGGCAUCAUAGCUUACCUGCCCAGCCCUUCUGAGGGUCACAGGCUGUACCGGAGCUUCGGAACUGAUUUAGCAGCAAGGGCCUUUAAAGUCCAGCAUGAUGAUCAGAGAGGAGUGUUGACGUUUCUAAGGCUUUACAGUGGGGAAAUCAGUAAGGGACAGAAGAUUUAUAAUCUGGCCAGGGAUAAGAGUGAACAGACUGGAGCACUGUACGUGGCGUUGGCAGACGAGUACCGGCCGGUGGAGACGGUGACGGCCGGCAACAUCGCCGUCGUCAGCUCGCUCAAGGCUACCAUGACGGGUGACCUGAUAACGUCCACACAAGCAGCCGCCUCCCGCGCCAAGACCCAACUGGCAGAGAUGCUGCAAGACCCUCAGAAGGUUGAGGAGCUGGUGCUGCCGGGAGCUCGCCAGAGGCUGCAGGCGAUGGAGACGCAGCCUCAGAGUGAGGAGCUUGCUGAUAUGCUGUUGGGAAUUGGUACAACAGUCCCAGAACCAGUGUUCCUAUGCUCCAUCGAGCCUCCCAGCGUCUCCCAGCAGACAGCCCUGGAAGUGGCUCUAGCAGAGCUGCAGAGAGAAGACCCGAGCCUCAGGGUCACCACCGACGCCGACAGCGGACAGACAGUGCUCGCCGGAAUGGGCGAACUUCACCUAGAAAUAAUAAAAGAACGCAUAAUUCGGGAGUACAAAAUCGACGUGGAGCUCGGCCCCCUUCAGAUCGCGUACCGAGAGACACUCGGGGGCUCCGCCAAGCAGACCCUGGCGGUGGACCGCAAGAUAGCCGGGGCCAGGCAGGUGUGCAAGGUCGUCAUGUCUGCGCAAAUGGUUAAGGGUAUCGCGCAGGAUAAGAUUUUGAAACUAGACAAAAGCGGUGAGAGUGCAGCCAACCUGUCUCACCUGCACCCUCGACAUCUGCAGGCCAUCAGGCAGGGCGUCAGUACUGCACUCAUGCACGGCGCUAAACUCGGAUGUCCGGUAGUGUACGUGCGGGUGACACUCCACUGGUUUGAAUACGGUCGCGGCACGUCUGACUCCGUCAUCACUGCUGCUGUCGCGCAGUGCUUAAGAAAGGUGUUCGAGGAGUCGGACCCCAUACUCCUGGAGCCCCUCAUGCAGCUGGAGGUGGUGUGCCCCGAGAGUCACUCGUCGCGCGUGAUGGCAGACCUGGCGAGACGACGCACACAGAUACAGCAUAUACACGUUAGACAUCAGAAUAAGGUAAUAGAAUGCCUGGCCCCCCUCUCGGAGCUGCUGGGCUACUCCUCCACCCUGCGGUCCCUGAGCUCAGGGCUCGCCACCUUCUCCAUGGAGUUCCACUCCUACAGCCAGAUGGCGCCACUCGACGAGGAGAAGGCCAUCAGAAGUAUUACUGGAUUUUAACUGGACUUAGGAAAAUUUUAGAAAGGAAUUUUUGACUUGAAGAAAUGUGAUCAUUGAGCAGAAGUUUUAUUUGUGUAUAAGUUUGUAAAUUGGUUAUAAAUGACCAGAAAAUGAGAUAUGUGAGAACUAUUACUGGAAUACGAGUAAGUAUUUGUCUAAAAACCUCAUCAAAAUCGGUUUAUUCUAUAUUGUUAUAUAAAAAUUACAAUAAGGAACCAAAGAGUUCUUUGUAAGAUUCAAAUUCUGAGGUCUGAACUCUGAACCCCUAUUAGAUGUAUGGCCUAACCAUUUUGUGGCGCAGUUGACAGUUCUGUAAGUCAGUGUAAAAAAACAACUUUCCCUGGAAAAUUGACAGUUGUCAACUGUACAAAAGAUUUGGUACAUCUGCAUUUUACGUGUCUAUAGAAUAUAUUUCCAAACUUACGCACACGACUAGACCAAUAUCGCAGUUUACUGCAUUAGUAAAAUUGUAAAUAAAACUAAUGAUAAAUGUUUGUAGGUAUUUAUUAAGUUACGUUUCACAAUUUGACUAUGUUUUAAGUUGUGUAUGUACAGUGAUUAUUGUAUUGUUAUGGUUAUAAUCAAGUACCGCGUCUGCUAUUGACUAUUAAUAUAAUAAUAAAUAUUUACUGUACAGUU